UUUGAGUGGGACAGUCAACACAUUUUCUCUGACAUUCUUUCUAUGAAGCAGUGCAGUGCCAGCUGAAGCUGCUUUCAAGAAGUCACUUCAAAAGCGGUCUGACAGGAUCCAAUACCUUGACUUUUCUUAGCACAGGAGAUAAAUCACCUUGAAUUUGGUUAUUUUCUGAGUUGGGGAAAAUGUCAACUUAUUUUGGAGUUAACUCAGCAGUGUUUUUCAUCUGGUUUAUGACAUUCAUGGCUCAAAAUUACUUUAUAACAGGUUCCACUCUUUCACCUUGCAGAAUUACAGGUGUAGGAAUUUAUCUUGAGGAGAAAGUUAAUUUCUCAGAAGCAGGUAAUGCAUGUAAUCAACUGAACCUACAAUUGGCAAAUAAAGACCAAGUUGAAAAGGCUUUAAAACAUGGCUUUGAAACAUGCAGCUAUGGAUGGGUGAAAGAUGGAUUUGUUGUUAUUCCUCGGAUAACAUCCAACAAGAAAUGUGGUAAGGGCAACGUUGGACUAGUGCAAUGGUAUGCUGAACACUUUAAAACAUUCAAAGUUUAUUGCUUCAACUCCUCAGAUGUUCAGAUUAAUUCAUGUAAACCAGAUCCAACUACAACCAUACUACCUUCAUCAAGUGCACCAACAGACUUCACUGCUUCUUCAGGCUCUGAUUUGACUGAGAACAUCACAGCAGUGCCAAAUGUGACCGAGUCAGAACAAUUCUUGAGAAAGAUAAAAUUUCGUGUAAUAUGUGUCACAGAAACUAUAAUACCAACAGAAGGGACAACUACAAAACUGCCAGAGGAAUACUCACUGAUUGACUCUCCUAACUACACUUCGCGUGCUGCCUUUAAGAAUGAUGCCAUUGCCUUUGGAGGUAUCCCCACUGCACUUCUUGUACUGGCAAUCUUCUUCUUCAUUAUUUCAGUUGUUCUAGCAGUCUGCUAUGUCAAAAAGUACAAGAAAACUUUCCCAUUUUCAAACAAGAAUCAGCAAAAAGAAAUGGUUGAAACUACUGCUCUCAAAGAAGCCAAGUCAAAUGACAAAACACCUGAGAAGGAAACAAAUAAUGGAAAAAAUUUAGAAGAGUCUAAACCCAAGCCGGAGACCACAGUAAAAUGUCUAGAAGCAGAAGUUUAAGGGGAAGAGUGUACAUUUCUUGGUAGAAAUAAAAUAAAACACACAGAACUUAGCAAUGCUUUUAAACAUGGGUGAUUGUAAAUACUCAUGAAUUAAUAUUUUCUCUAUCUUAAUAUACAAAAACACGGGUUUUUAAUCAUUACAUCUUUAGUUAUAAAUGCUCUUGCAGAAGAACGUGGUAUUUUAUUUACUUGAAAUAAAUAGGAAAUCCCUAUUACUGCUCAUUUUUCACUUUUAAUAAAUAAGUACUUAGGAAUAUGCUAUUAAUGAUUUGCUGCAUGUUCAUUAUUUGCAUGGAAUUCAGAUCAAUAUAUAAAGAAAAGAGGUUUUUUUAUCUGUCUGGAAGCAGUCUGCUAACUUAAGGUCUAAAACAAAAUGACGAUACUGUAGCUCUUCCUUGUGUAGAUUAGCUUAUUUCCAUUAAGUAGCUCUAUACUGUUUUUGAAAAGUCUGUUUACAAACAGAAGAAAUAAAUGUGUUUACAAGUGAAUAACAAAAUCAAAGGAUCAACUCACUGUCAUUCAAUUACCCAAGUAAGGGUACAAAGAUGCUGAUGUUUAUAUAUAUAUAUAUAUAUAUACAGCAAUGAAUAACUUUCUUAGAUAUCUUAAUCAUAUAAUAAUUUACUGGUUUAUUUAUUAAAACCUGUAUCAUUCUUCUGUAUCAGAUAUGUGACAGGGGAAAAAAAAACACCUUGAACUGGAUCUCAACAGUUCCAUGUUGUGUAUAUUUAAGUGUGGCUUUCAUAUUAAAGAUCUCAAGUGCUUUGGGAUGGUUAUAAUACUUCAUUAAAAAAAUAAAGUAUGGUA